CCAAGUUAGAAAGUCGAAACCAGCGGCUUUUUAAUAUUCAUUUCAUUCUCUCAUUCAUUCAUUAUACAGAGAGAAAAGGUCCAUUUCAGUCGUCUGGGUUUCUCUCCUAUACCCAUUUCAUCGAAUCAACUCUACCCAUAAUCCUCCUUCUCGAUCGUCUCCUUUCUUCUUCCCCCAUAUGAGUAAAAGGCGAAAGCUUUCAUCGUUACGGAGAAGAAUUCAGCCAUGGAACGGCUGAUUGCUUAGUUGGUUGAUAAAGUGCAGUGACACAUCUGUAAGAUGCUCUUAUUGUCCAGUGGUAUACCCAAAAAUGGCUCAUAAAGCAGAUUUAGUUAUUAUUGGCAUUUCUGUGGGAUUGGCUCUUGGAAUCCUUAUAGCUUGUCUCAUAUUCUUUGGAAUUUGGUGGUACAAACGAAAUGCUCAUCUUCGUCAAUGUGCCAGUGAUCGAAGUGUAACAACUCUACCAAUACGCCAAAAUGGUCUAGAAGCAAGUCUAGACUCAAGUGCAUCAAUCUCAAAUUCCAUAACCAUUAAAGGGACAGAUAAUUUUACAAAGAACUCUCAGUUCUCAUGGUGGAGUGCUCAAAGCAAAGAUCGACUUACUUCUGCAUCGGGUAUACCUAGAUACAAUUACAAGGACAUCCAGAAAGCUACACAAAAUUUCACUACUGUCUUGGGACAAGGUUCCUUUGGCCCGGUUUACAAAGCUACUAUGGCUACAGGUGGAGUUGCCGCUAUAAAAGUUCUGGCAUCUGAUUCUAAGCAAGGCGAGAGAGAGUUCCAGACGGAGGUAUCUCUACUUGGAAGGCUGCAUCAUAGAAAUUUAGUUAACUUGAUUGGAUAUUGUAUAGACAAAGGCCAACAUAUGUUAAUAUAUGAGUUCAUGAGCAAUGGAAGCUUGGCAAACCUUCUUUACGAUGAAGGACGUGUAUUGAGCUGGGAACAACGGGUUCAAGUUGCUCUCGAUAUUUCACAUGGAAUUGAUUAUCUCCACGAUGGCGCAGUGCCACCUGUGAUUCAUCGGGAUCUAAAAUCUGCUAACAUAUUGUUAGAUCAUUUAAUGAGAGCCAAGGUGGCGGAUUUUGGGUUGUCGAAGGAAGAGGUUUUUGAUGGUCGGAACUCGGGGCUUAAAGGAACAUACGGGUACAUAGAUCCAGAGUACAUGUCAUCAAACAAGUUCACGAUGAAAAGUGAUAUCUACAGUUUCGGUAUUAUUCUUUUCGAGAUCAUCACAGCAAUCCACCCACAUCAGAACCUUUUGGAUUACGUCAACCUUGCGAGUAUGAGCUCGGAUGGAAUAGAUGAUAUAAUUGACAAGAAAAUAGCUGGGGAAUGUAACAUUGAAGAUGUGAGAAGCCUGGCUAAAAUUGCACAUAAGUGCUUACACAAAACGGCUAGGAAAAGGCCUUCCAUUGGAGAAGUUUCACAGGCUAUUUCGAGGUUGAAACAGAGACAUCUCGUGAAAAUGGAUACGAUGUCUUCUUCGAUUGGAGAUCUCUCGCGCAUGGCGAGCAGGAUAGAGCUUCAACAAACAGAGUUGAGAAGUAUGGCAGAGAUAAUAGUUGAAUGAAGUUCUCUCUUAUACAUGCAUCCCAUUGAUCUGGUUUUCUUCUCUUCUCUCUGUAAAUGAUUCACAUUUUGAAGUAAAAUUGUUAUAGCAUUAUUCAAGAUUCAGGUAUAGAGUAUUAUAUGAAUUGAGAACCAUGAACAUUUUUUGAGCGAUCAAUUUUCUGUUACAAAUGC